UUCUUCUUUCCCUGAACUGUUGUAAAUUAGGGUACAUAAUUUGUAAGAUUUAAAUAAGGGAGCACCCUAACUGAUCCUUGCUUAAAUCCCGAGGACAGACGUACCAGAGGAUAUGCGGGCUCUUCUUGCUGCCCAGUCGGGUGUCCUGAGAGGAACUGGAGAGAGCAUUCUCUCGGCAUUGAGUAGCCUGCCGUCUCUUCCUUGGAUUGCCAGCUUCAAAAUUAAACGAUUCUUGCAAAUGAUCUCUGUCUGUCAAUGGGUUGUAACGUUUCUAAUUCUGGGAAUCACCUGCACCAUAAUCUUGUCGUACAUCUUCUUCACAAAUUGUUGGCCAAUUGCGGCUCUGUAUUUGUCCUGGCUGAUCAUCGACUGGGAGACACCCAAGCAAGGAGGCCGCCGAUCUGCAUGGGUGCGGAACUGGGCCGUGUGGCGAUACUUCAAAGACUAUUUCCCCAUCAGAUUGGUGAAGACGCACAACCUUGCCCCCAGUCGGAACUACAUCUUCGGCUAUCACCCACAUGGCAUCUUCUGCUUUGGAGCCUUUUGCAACUUUGGAACAGAAGCCACUGGAUUUUCCAGAAAGUUCCCUGGAAUCCGACCUUCUCUCGCCACGCUGGCUGGAAACUUCAGGAUGCCAAUUCUGCGGGAUUACCUAAUGAGUGGUGGCAUCUUCCCCGUGACCAGGGAUGCUAUCGACUAUCUGCUGUCGAAGAGCGGCACUGGAAACGCAGUGAUCAUCGUCAUCGGGGGAGCAGCGGAGUCCCUUGAGUGUAGACAAGGCAGCCACGUUGUCACCCUCAAGAACCGCAAGGGGUUUGUGAAGAUCGCUUUGCAGAACGGAGCUGACCUUGUGCCUGUUUAUGCUUUUGGUGAGAACGAGGUUUACCAACAGGUCCUCUUUAAGGAAGGCAGCUGGCUGCGGGCCGUUCAGAGAAAGUUCCAGAAGCUGAUUGGGUUUGCCCCCUGUAUUAUCCAAGGUCGGGGAUUUUUCUCAAGCCGUUCCUGGGGUCUGGUUCCUUACGCAAAACCCAUCAACACAGUUGUCGGAGAGCCAAUUUCGGUGCCAAAGAUCGAGAACCCUAGUCCUGAGGAGAUUGAUCACUACCACGAGAUUUACCAGCAUUCCCUCGUCAAGUUGUUCAACAAAUACAAAAUUAAGUUUGGCCUCUGCGAAUCAGACUACCUAGAAGUGAUUUAAAGAAAUGCCUUAUUUUAAUAACCCACAUUCCGUCGGCAAUUUGACAGGAACCACCCCCGCCAACCCUGAACAGAGUUGAAUUUUUGUAGCUCUCUUCACCACUGUACUACUGACUACCAAGAGCCACCGAUCAGUAUUUUGUCUAAUUGUAAAGGAAAAUUACUUUUGUGAAGAAAUGCUUUGAAUUUUCCAAAUCAAAGAUUUUAACAGAAUGUUUUGUCUUUUCAUUGCACUCUGGCCACCUAAUUAGGUACAGGAGUGGAACCCAGUGUGGUUUUCUGCUGAAUCCACCCUCUUCAAGGUUCAAUGUGUUGUGCAUUCAGAUUUGCUCUUUUGCACGCUACUGCUGUAACACCUGGUUAUUUGAGUUACUGUCACCUUCCUGUCAGAUUGAACCAGUCUGGCCAUCCUCCUCUGACCUCAAGGUGACAGAACUGCCACUCACUGUAUGUUUUUUUGCACCAUUCUCCGUAAACUCUAAAGACUCUGCAGAAAAAUCCCAGAAGAUCAGCAGUUUCUGAAUACACAAACCAUUCUAUCUGACCUGAAAAUGAUUGUUGGUGCCAAAGCCAUUUAGAUCACAUUUCUUCCAAUUCUGAUGUUUGGUCUGAACAACUGAACCUCUUGACUAGAUCGGCAUUGAGUUGCUGCCUCAUGAUUGGCUGAUUAGAUUAGAUAUUUGCAUUAACAAGCCGUUGUACAAGUGUACCCAAUUAAGUGGCCACUGAGUGUAUGUAGUCUUGUGAUUAUGUUUCCUUAAAACUAGACAGUCCAUUGAAUUACUUAAUCAAAUUGUUAAUCAGUGGGACUGUUUUCAAUGUUUAAAAUGCACAUAACAAUGCAAUUCUCUUGUCCACCAACUCUCUUAACAGGAGAGAAAAAAGGCCAAAGCUGAACUGAAUUAUUUUUUCUUUGCACCUUAAUUUUUUAAUUUAGACUGUGCCCUCAUUAAUCUAUUUGUAGGAGGCUAACUAGGUGUUUUCGAGGUAGCACAGAGAGGAGGGAAAUAUAUUCAUAAAUGCAUUCUGUCCUUGUAUUUCAGUGUGAUAGACACUUGUACAAUUAAAUAGUUGACAGCAAACAUCAAUGCAGGUAAAGGAAGUAAAUAUUUAUUUUUUAUUUAAUUAGCAAUACAGCACUGUACCAGAGCCCUUUGCCCAGUUGCACCCUUGUGACCAAUUAACCAACUAACCUGCAAGUUUUUGGGAUGUGGGAGGAAAGCAGGGCACCCGGAGGAAUUCCCAUGCGGUCACAGGGAGAACGUCUAAAAACACCUUCCAGUCAGCACUGGAGAUUGAACCCGGGCCGCUGGCGGUGUUAGCAUUGCGCUAACCGCUACACUACUACCGUGUUUCUCUUUCCCCCCCCCCCCCCCGCCAAUUGUAAACACCUACAGGUAAGUAGGUUAAUUGGACAAAUGGGUGUAAUUGGGUGGUGCGGACUUGUUGGCCUUUACUGUAUCUCAAAAUAAAAUCAGUACAAUUCUUCUCUGGAGGAGGAUUAAUCAGCAGCUCUAGUUUGGAAGGACAGACAUCUGUGCUGUCACAAGGGAGCAAGUAGAUGUCUUGAUCAUGGUUUAAAAGUGGGUACAGGUUGCUAUAUCCGUCCUCCCUGCACUUUAUUGAGUCCUGAUGAUUGGACGUUCAACUUCGAGGUUUGGGACCUAAUGGUAGAUGUCGACCCUAAAACAAAAAUACACCUCUUCCUCUUGCUCCCUCCUUGUCUUUGGUGUACUUUAUCAGAACUUGUUUACAUCCAGCCAACUGAAGAAAAGCCAUACUGUAUACAUCUAAGUAUUCUAUUUUUGAAAUGAAAUGUUAAUGUGUUUCCAAUGUUUCGAGCAAGUGACAUUCCAUGGUUCAUUCUGCUGAUGUUUUCUUGCUAUCUUUCCCACCGCAGUGCACACUUUUGUACAGACUGUGGAGA